GUGUUGUGAAGAGCGUGGUGCGCUCCCUCGCGGAUUUUCUCGGGCACUCUGCUCAGUUCCAUCAAGAAAGAGAAGCUUCCCGUGCAUGUAUGGGGGUGUUGGAUGCUGUGUCCGCUCGCCUGGCACCUGUUGCUGGCAUAUUAUUAUCAGAGCGGGUCUACUGAGGAUUUUAACGACCGUGUCUUUCACCUCACACCAGGACCAUGUCGAAGGAGCAAACUGAUUCUAACUCCAGUGGGUACUAUUUUGAUAGUGCCUCAACUAGAGUCCAGAGCAGCAUCGCGUUUUCAGGACCCGUAUUUGUCAUCUUGAUGGUGAUGAUGGUGACUUUGGUUGUUGUGAUAGUUUUGGGAAACGCACUGGUCAUUUUGGCUUUUAAAGUGGACAAGAGUUUGAGAAGACAAUGUAAUUACUACUUCCUCAAUCUGGCAAUAUCAGAUUUUCUUGUAGGGGCAUUCUGCAUCCCAGUCUACAUCCCCUACAUCCUCACAGGCAGGUGGACGCUGGGCCGAGGACUGUGUAAACUGUGGCUGGUCAUGGACUACCUGCUUUGCUCUGCAUCUGUCUUCAGCAUCGUCCUCAUCAGCUAUGACCGCUUCCUGUCAGUCACAAGAGCAGUAAGUUAUCGUGCCAGACAGAGCAUGACUCAUCAAGCCAUAAUGAAGAUGAUUGCUGUCUGGGUGCUUGCCUUUGUCCUGUAUGGCCCAGCCAUCAUAUUCUGGGAGCUGGCUGUGGGUAGAAGCCGUGUGCCAAAAGAUGAGUGCUUUGCGGAGUUCUAUUACUCUUGGUACUUCCUGCUGAGUGCCUCAAUGCUGGAGUUUUUCUCUCCUUUCAUCUCAGUGGCUUUCUUCAACCUCAGCAUUUACCUCAGCAUACGCAGGAGGAGGCUCCACAGUAGGGAGGUCCAGCUACACCUUCCAACAAGUGAACCUGCCUCUGCCCAGGGGGAAGGUAUCCCUCUGUCCCACAACUGGGGGUUUGGGAUGAAACUGGCUGUAAGAGGCUCUAUCCACUCCCAGACGUCCUCUCCCAGUUUGGGUAAACUAGAUCCCUCGACCAGCAGGGCGGCCCAGCCUAACCGUCUGUCCAGGGAUAAGAAAAUUGCUAAGUCCCUGGCUAUCAUAGUGUGUGUGUUUGCCAUCUGCUGGGCACCGUACACCCUACUGAUGAUCAUCCGUGCUGCCUGCAGAGGGCGGUGCAUCCAGCAUCACUGGUACGAGGUCACCUUCUGGCUCCUGUGGCUCAACUCGGCUAUUAACCCGUUCCUGUACCCGCUUUGCCACAGUAGCUUCCGCAGGGCAUUUAGCAAGAUUCUCUGCCCAAAGCGGCACACUACUCCCCCAUCAUCUGUCCUUCGUGCUGGCCAGUGACAACCGGAUGACUGUGGAUGGAUGGACGGGGACGAACAAUGUGCCAAAGCAGCUAUGGAAAUGGAAAUAGUCAAAACAUAACCCAUAAAUUCCACAGUUUCAGCAGGUGAAACUUCACUGUGCACAGCUUGUUGUAUAGACCAUAAUCAGUGGUUCUCAAGUGUGUUUGAUAUAUAAGAUUGGUACUGUACAGUGUGAUGUAAUUGACUCUCAAUCAGUUCACUUUGUUCACGACCAAAGUAUGUAUUCAUCAUGCCUAAAAAAAUCUGAAUAUACCAACACAAGUUACGGUAAAGGUAAAUGAGUUUUCACUUGUUGUAAGAACUGGACAAGUUUACCAGUGCUGCAUUGGUUUAAGGUGAGAGAAAAAAACAACAAAAGAGUGAAACUGAACCAUUCAGAACCUAUUGAUAAAUACCAUGCAGGCAUUGUAAUAAUAUGUCAGCUGUGUCAUAUGUACUGUAUUGUGGAUAUCUGUAGAAGCAAGGCCUAGAAAUGCAUUUUCCUUGACUAACUGCUACAUUCUUUAGCACAUUCAUUGCCCUCCUUGUUAUUAUAGAUGUUCUCCAGAAAAUGAAACAUAACUAUUGCAGGCUGAAUAGCAAUUUGUUGGUUAUGCUGUCUAAUUCUUUAUGUUAAGCAGCUUGUUGAAUCUGUAGACAUGAUAUUGAGCAUUUAUGUUCACAAUAAGUAUGAUUCCAGCUGUGACUUCCUCGCUUCAGCUGCAGUAAAACAGAUCACUAUCACCCUCUGCUGUUAGAAAGUUUACUAGUCUUGCGAUUGCAACAGAAGCACAGUGAUGAAAACAAGUGCCAUUAAGUAUAUAUGUAUGUAAAAUGAAAUGUUUGACCAAAGCCCAACACUAGGCUAUUUUUUCCCUCUUCCUCUCUUUUUUGGCAUUGCAUUACAUUACAUUAUAUUAUUUCAUCUGUAAAUUAUUAAAUUUCUUCAUACAUUCAGUAAAUUUUCUGCACAUUCAGAACUCCAUAUUUACAAACAAAUGUUUUUUUUUUAAAACAGUAAUAUAAUGUAGAAAAACAAUACAAACCAAAUAUUCAUAUUGUUUUAACUAUUACUGUGAUCACAUUACUGAUAAUCAAAUUGCCACUAAAUCAUCCUAGAGCAAUACCACCACCAGUCUUUUUUAUUUGAUUUUUUUUUUUUUUUUUUUUUUUUUUUUACAGAAAGUAUUUGGCAUUAUGUUAGAGAGAGAAGUAACCUGUUUACAAACAAUGCCAAAACACAAUUUUACUGUGAAGAGUAGGUGUGUGUAUCCGUGUGCCACUAGAUGUCACCAUUAACCUUUACAGCUUCCUAUGUGCGCAGUGCUCAAGGAUUAAGCUUCUAUUCAUCAUGGGGUGAAGACUGUCUUUGAGAUUUUCUAUGGUUUCCAUUAACUGUUUUACUUCACUGGUUGUGUUUGAGUUGUUAGUUAAAUACAUGCUUUAUUGUUGCACCUAGUACCUGACUGAUUCAAAUUGUAACAGAAGAAUAUAACCUAAUAAUCACAGGUCUAUGAAAUUGGAUGGUGCUCUCUUCAGGUUUACUCACAGUGAAUCAUUUUGCAGUAAAAAAGAAACAAACAAAAAAACAAAAACAAAACAAAAAGAGUAGUUGCAGUAUUUCCAAUGCUUUAGCAAUUGUUAUAUAUACUCAUUAAGUGCUGUCAUACUAUUUUUGGUAACUGAGUAAAUUCUGUGUUAGAGUAGUACUUUGAAUGUUGUCUCUUUUGCUCAAAGGAAAAUUAUCCUAUGAAUAAAUUAUUGUU